CCGAGAAUCAUUGUAGCGGAGGCUUAAAGGACGGCGCGCGCGUUCGAGUCACUUUGGCGACACUGGCUGGGCCGACUCCGAAGAAGUCCGAUCGACUCGCGAGUCGCGAUACGCACCGUCGGCUGACGACUCGCGACACCGAGGGAUGCCCGCUCCCUCUCCGGUACCGUGUCCUCGGCUGCGUCGCGGAAUGUCGCCUGGUACCCGGGAUCGCGUUCCGUAAAGUCGGCCGAGAUCCCGGGGCCUCGUCGUCGUAUCGGACGGUACAUGUCGCUCGCGGCGGCCAGGCGCAUCCGUACGGCGACAGCGUUCGUGAAUUUUCCAGGCACACGGUAUAGCGGCGCACCGGCCGCGCUCUCGCGCUGCAGAGGCGCACAUUCCGAGUUUUCAGAAAAUUCGCACGGGUUCGGGGAGCAUCGGCGAGGCGACAGAGGGAGAGAGAAAGAGAGAGAGAGAGAGAAAGAGAAAAAGUCAAGACGAGCGAGCGACUGAAGGAGAGAAAACGAGUAAGCGAAGAACGUCAUCCUCCCCCGUUCGCGCGGCACUUCCGCUCCCUGAAGGUCCCGAGGGCCCGGGUCGGACCAUGGCUCCCGUCGCGAUAGGUUAACGCACGACUAGCUUGCGACCCCUCCCCCGCACCACAACCGCGCGCCUCUGCAGAUGAAGAUGAGCGGGGAGAUGUUCGAGGGGAAGGACUAUCCGACUCAGUGGGCGCUCAAUCCCUCGGCUUAUCAGAACAUGAGCAACGAUCAAGUGGAUUGGGCGGCUCUGGCGCAGCAGUGGAUCAAGAUGAAGGAGACCGUCGUGCCGCCAGCUCCGCCGCCGCCCAACAUCAACCCCGUGUGCCCGGCGAGCGACGGCAGCGGUGAGGCGCCAAUGGACAUGGACACCAAGGACGACGACGUGCCACCCGCGCCACCCGCGCCUACCAUCAGCGGAUCCGAGGCCUGGACUCAGUGGAGCCAGUGGGGCCACUGGAACGCCUCAACGUCCGGCACCGGGAACUGGGAGUGGAGCGGCGUGCCACCCCCGGGGGUCACCAUGGACCCCGACGGCAAACCGAUGGGACUCCCGACCGUGCCGGUUAUACCGCCCGCGCCGACGAUAUCGACCACCACCGACUUCAACACACCUCCCCCCGCGCCGUCGCUAUACUCGUACAACUCGGUGCCGUCCGGGCAGUCCUACAAUCAGGUUACCAACUAUUGGUCCGGCGAGCCGCCUAAUGCAGUAUCGCCGCAGCCGCUUCCGUUCAUGAAGGGCAUGAGGCACGGGAGCAGAGGACCUCACAUGAGGGUGAUGGAUCCGGUGCGAUGUCGAGAUGAUAGGGAAAAGACACCAGAGGAGGACACCACUACGACUAUAGACGCCGCGAAACGAAGACAGUUGCCGGCGUGGAUCCGCGAAGGGCUGGAGAAGAUGGAGAAGGAGAAGCAGAAGGCGAUGGAGAGGGAGAGGCUGGAGAUACUGAGGAAGCAGGAGUUGGAGGCUCGCAAGCUGGCGGAGGACGAGGCGCGCGCGGUGCUCAAUCCUAGCAAGAGCAAAUUUGAUUCGGACUCGGAGAAGGAGACCGAGCAGGAUUUCGACGCGGGCGGCGCGCGCGGGCAGCAGUCCGCGGAGAAGAGCUACGAUCGCACCCCGGACAUCGUCGUCCGGCCGCGAAAGUCGCGAUUCAGGGACGCCGACUCGCCCGAGUCUCACACAGGCCCCGACGAGAGUCCGACCGGGGCGGCUAGCGCGGUCCCAGCGGUGCAGAAGCGCUCCCGGGAGGAAAUUUUGCAGGAUGUGAUGUUGAAAGUGAGGAGGUCGUUGACGGAAAUACUUCUGGAAGUGACGAACGAAGAAGUUGGCGCGGUAUGCAGGGAGGUUUGGAGCCGCGCACGUGCCAAAGUCCCUGCAGGAGAGACCCCCGUCGCAUCCCUCAACAUGGCCCCUCAGAUCACUCACAAGUCACUCGGUCUGAGCAUCUAUAACGACAGUAACAGCGAGUCUGAGGAGGAGCCGAGCGAGCACGCGCAGACACAGAACGACGACAGCGAUGAGGAGUUGAAAGAGACGCUGAGACGGCGGCAGCAGGCGUUCCGCAAGACAGAGGAGGAAAUCGAGGCGCAGCUCGCCGAGGAGGAGGAGAGAGAGGAGCAGCGGAGCGGCGAGGAGCAGUACAGUAAUAAGCAACAGGAAAAUCAUACCGGUAAUACUAGCUGCCGGGAGACAGUUGAUGAAAAAGAAACGGUAGAUAAUCAAAGAGAAGCGUCGGAAACUUUGUCGAGUGGCGGUCAGAGUCCAGCGGCGGCGCCGCAGAACGCGUCGGUGCCCGACGGGGGCCAACAGGCGAAGGCGGGCAGCACUGCGUCGGGGUCCGCCGACUCCGAGUCGAGCAGCAGUGAGUCCACGAGCAGCUUGUCCGGGACGAGCCGUGAAUCCGCAUCCAAGAGGCGCGAGAAAACGCGCGCGGGCAAGCGGCAGUCGCAGCAACGCGAGCAACAGCAGCAGCAACAACAGCAACAGCAGCAGCAGCGCGAGCAGCGUUACAGCCGGCGACGAAAGUCCAAGAGCGAAUCCAGGAGCAAGUCGCGGAGCGGUAGACGAUCCAGCAGGUCGUCCGAGCGUGGCGGCGGCCACCACAAGCGACGCUCGCGCUCAAGGUCGGCCAAGUCGCGCAAGGAUUAUCGCUCGCGGUCCUCGCGCUCCUCCAGCGACCACAGAUCGAGCAGGAAGCGGCGCUCGCGGUCGCGUGACCGGAAGCGCGCGAGGUCGCGUUCGCGCAGCUACCGACGCUCCAGGUCGACGUCCGCCGAUAGAAAGUGGUCCUCGCGCUCCCGCAGAUGGAAAUCUCGCUCGCAUUCCAGAGAGAGGCGGCGGGGCAGCCGGUCGCGCAGCAAGUCGUCGCGGACCGCCAAGCGCGAGAGGUCGCGCACGAGGUCGCGCAGUCGCUCGAGGGACCGCAGACGCUCGAGAUCCUACGUUUCCGCGAGGAGCCAGCGGCGGGGGACCAGUCGGUCCAGGUCGCGGGACCGAAGCAGAAAGUCACGAUCCAAGUCGAGCCAUCGCGAUGCAUCUUCCACUGGCUUCCGCUCGGCUUCGACGUUUCACUAUUCAGUUCGUCAACAUACACAGCAUUGGUACAGUUACAGUUUUCGAAUACGCAUCACGUUUAAUCUUUUCUCCUAAAUAGUGUAUAAAAAACUUAACACUACAUGAUAAUAAAUAGUAAUACUUAUAGCUAUGUGUUAUAGACAAACAUUACUUGCUACAAUGUACAAAAGUCUUCUUUUUCUUUUCUAAAGAAACAAAGAACACAAGAUACACGUAAUCAAAAUUUAUACGAUUACGAGAGUGACGAACGUGAAAUAAAGUUGAUGCGAAAUUA